UCGCUAUGGUAAUAGAGAGGAAAAGAAAAAUUGGAUAUGGAGGGGGAGAAAACCCAUAGUGGCAUAGUCUAUGGAGCGCUUCCAUAUAUAAAGUCGAAAGCUAGUAGAAAUCCAAAAUCAGUUAAAAUGGAGAAUUCAGAAAAAACCCAACUGAAAUCAUCAUUGUCACCAUUAGCCUAUGGAAAUGUGAAAGAAGGAAAGCAGCCGGACCAUUUCUCCUAUGCCAUGCAGCUGAUCACCUCAGCAUCACUCAGCAUGGUUUUAUACACCGCAGUCAAGCUAAAGUUGUUUGAAAUAAUAGCCAAAGCCGGCCCAGGAGCAAAACUGUCACCUUCAAAAAUCGCAUCCGUGUUGCUCAAGACCAAAAAUCCUGAUGCAUCUUCCAUGCUUGACAGGAUGCUUCAGUUGUUGAGUAGCCACUCGCUGCUCAGUUGCGACGUUGUCGAGGUUGCAGACGGCGGUGCUGGUGGCAAAAAUGAUGUUGGAUAUGAAAGAGUUUACGGGUUGUCUCCAGUCGGCGAAUAUUUUGUACCCGAUGAGGAGGGAAACUCACUUGCGCCGACCCUGGAGCUUGUUCAAGAUAAAGUCCUGAUGGACUGCUGGUAUGAACUGGGGAAUGCUGUGCUUGAAGGAGGAAUUCCAUUCAGUAGAGUCCAUGGUACACAUGUAUUUGACUAUUGUAGCAGGGAUCCCAGGUUUACUGAUCUAUUCAAUAAGGGCAUGGUUGGUCCUACAGUUAUAACAAUGAAAGAACUGCUUCAUCAAUAUAAAGGUUUUGAGAACCUUCAGACAUUAGUUGAUGUUGGUGGUGGGCUUGGAAUGUCCCUCCACAAGAUUGUGUCAAAGUACCCUUCUAUAAGGGGGAUCAAUUUUGACCUGCCAAAUGUCAUUGAAAAUGCGCCAUAGGUGAAUCACCAAUAAUUUUUCAAGAAAGUUGGUAGGUGAGAUUAAGCUGCGUUGUCACUCAGCAAAACAGCUCAUAAGAAA